ACUUUCCUUAUUCCCCUGCAUCCUCGUGUUUCAGUCGAGAACCCGAGACAGAAACCGGAGUCCAAAUUAAUCCCAUGCCGGGAUACGAUGAAGAUGAAUUUACGAAUUCUUAUGUUAUCGAGAUCAACUCCGAUUUUCAACAAAGUAGCAGUGAAGAAGCAGUUUCAAUUGAUGAAGCCAUUGCUUGGGCAAAACAAAGAUAUAAUACUAAAAAAUUUGAUCUAAGAGAACAUGAAAGAGAUCAAACUAAUGCAUUUGAAUCUAUUCAUCAGCCAACAGAUGGCCCCGGACCGAUGCUAUCUCUACUGGAAGAAAAACCAAAAAAUUCAAAAAACGAAAUGAAAAGAGAGAUCAGAAGAUGAAGAUGUGAAGCAUUGGUCAUCUGGAAAUGAAAAUAAUAUCCGAAUGCUCCUUUCAACACUUCAUAAUAUUCUAUGGCCGAACAGUGGUUGGCGCAUGAUCGAUCUAACAAGCCUUACCGAAAGCUCAGAAGUGAAAAAAGCUUAUAAGAAAGCAAGAAUAUGUCUUCACCCAGACAAACUGCAACAAAGAGGUGGAACAUUAUCACAGAAAUAUGUGGCAGACACGGCCUUUUCCAUCCUACAGGAUGCAUGGGAUGCAUUCGUCUCUGGAGAUGUCUUCUUCAACCAGUCAACAGUGCAGGGAAUUGUGGAAUCUUUCUGGGAAGCUUGGAGCAAACAAGGAGUCCAUGGACUCGAAGGAUCGAGGGCAGUGUUAAAAGCUUAGGAGAAGCAUGGGAAUUUGCAAACAAGUCUAUGCAAACUGUUAAUUUGGUAGAAAUAUUGUAAGAAGAUGCAAUUAGAUC